AUGGGCUACAAGUCUGGAGAUAUCGGGAUCCAAGCACUUAUUGAUGCUGUUCCGCAAAUUCGAACGGUAGCCAAUAUUCAAGGUAUCCAGGUCAUGAAUAUCGAUUCAACAGAGGUGACCGCGAAGGACAUGAUAAGUUUGGCACGCCGAGUUCAACAAGAAGUUAGCAGUCCUCAUUGCGACGGCCUCGUCAUCACACACGGCACUGAUACCCUUGAGGAGUCGGCCUUUUUCGUUGAUCUUACUGUGCAAACCGACAAGCCGAUUGUUUUCGUGGGCGCGAUGCGGCCGGCAACUGUCAUCAGUGCCGAUGGUCCGCUAAACCUCCUGGAAGCCGUCACGCUCGCCGCCAGCCCCAAGGCCAGGGGUCGUGGUGUUCUCGUCACUCUCAACGACAGGAUUGGCUCAGCCUUCCUCACGAGCAAGAUGCACGCGAACUCGGUCGAUGCGUUUCGCGCCUCGGAGGGCGGCUAUCUUGGUUUCUUCUUCGAUGUUCAGCCCAGGUUCUUCUACGCGCCGUCUCUUCCGUUGGGCCGCCAUUACUUCAGUGCUUUUGACUUGCCUGAUGAGCUGCCGCAGGUUGAGAUACUCUAUUCGUACCAGGGAUUCAAUCCGCGUCUCGCAGAGGCGGCCGUCAAGAUGGGUGCCAAGGGCCUCGUGCUUGCUGGGCCAGGUUACGGAACCUGGAGGAAGGCAGGUCGCAUGGAGAACGCCAGAUUGGUCGAGCAGUACAACACGCAAAUUGUAACGGCAUCGCAGAACGGUGACGGCUUCGCCAUCUCGCAGGGAGGCAGGAACAACUACGGCGCUGGCCAUUUGAAUCCUCGCAAGGCAAGGAUUAUGCUGCAACUAGGACUGGCACAGGGAUACGACUCUGAGAAGCUGGAGAAACUGUUUUCCUUUGACUGCUGA